AUGACAUUAGCGUCGCGGCGGGUCGUGACUAUCCUGCUGCGGCUUUUGGGUUUGGUGCUAAUUGGCACUGUUUGUUUCUUAGCGCUUGUCCGGUCGUAUUUCCAUGUCGACUCGUCGCUCUAUAUUGUCAAUACGGAGCUGGGCACUUGGGACGAAAUUCGCGCUGACAAGCGCGCGUCCGUGCUGGAUGGUGCACAGGCAGCGUCCGCUGACGAGGUGCCGCCUGAGAAAAUUCCACGCAUCAUCCAUCAGACUUGGAAAACAGACGUCCUUCCAUCUCGAUGGGCCGACGUGCGCAAAGUCUGUGCUGAGAUGAUGCCUGACUACGAGUACAUGCUGUGGACGGACGAGAGCUCGCGCAAGUUCAUUGAAGACGAGUAUCCAUGGUUCCUCGAGACGUUUGAUUCGUACCCGUACAACAUUCAACGUGCCGAUGCCAUCCGAUACUUUGUCCUCCAUAAGUACGGUGGCGUGUAUAUGGACUUGGACAUUGGAUGCAAGCGCCGACUCGAUUCGCUCCUGCGUUUCGAGGCCAUUGUGCCUCGUACGAUCCCUGUGGGUGUGAGCAAUGACCUGAUGUUCUCCGUAGCGGGCCACCCGUACAUGGAGCUGCUGAUUCAUUCCUUGGCCAAGUUCAACCACUAUUACUUUACACACUAUGCCACCGUUAUGUUCUCCACCGGGCCCAUGUUUGUCUCGGCGCUUUUCCGGACUUUUUCUGUGGAGCAUCGGGGUGUAAAACCAUCGACGCCGGAUCUCCCUGACCGUGGGUUCCAAGGCGUGCGUGUGUUGCCCAAAUCGCUGUACGGCAAAAAUUUGCCGCCUGAAGAGGCUCCCGACUCGUUCUUCGAGCAUCUGUAUGGCUCGUCUUGGCAUGCGAACGAUGCAGGAUUUAUGCUCUUCUUGCGUAUCUACGGACGCUACAUUAUCCUGGCAGGCGCAUUGGUCGUCCUGAUCGGCCUGCGCCGCACGUUGUAUGCGCCCAUGGCCUCUGUAUCACGUGGAUUGUAUGCGGUGGGACAGGCCUUCUGGAUGCGCGUCGCGCCGCCAUCGCGUGCGCCAGCGUUUACAAGUGAGUGGAUUGGGCUGCGUCCUACGCCAGAGGACGAUGAAGCCAAAGAAGCGCUUGUAUCGUCUCGGGCCUUGUCCUCCGAUUUGCCACGAUGUCCGCCUGUGCCGAUGUUUGAAAUGACGCCUGCUUCGCAAGAGAUCCCUACUAUCUCGUACAAGCCCUCGUCGUCCUCAACCUCAUCGUUGCCAAGGGAAGCGCAUGAUCUACGAAGAAUGUCGUCGGAUCAGUCGAGUCUGGACCUUUUGACGCCUACGGAUGUAGGCACACCGAAUGCACAGGCACAGGCGCAAGGGACAUCACAUGGCUCGUCGCUACCUACCUUCUUCAUCGAGCCUAUGCAUAAACGGAACUCGAUCGACAAUGGCGAUAUGGCGCUCCUCGACACGGCGUCCAGGCCCUCGAGUGACGAGGAGGCAGGCUCAUGGAAGCGUGUCCGCGAUGCUUCAAGCCAGGUGUCGGAGAAUCUUAAAGCGCUGUUUCCCUCCAUGAAACGCCAGCCUUUUGCGACGCGGCCUGCGCCGCCGACACGAACCAUGUCGCUGACCAGUGUCGGUGUCGAAGGGCCUACGGCCUUGUCACGUACUUUGUCCAAUCAGAGUGAAGACGAUCGCCGUGAAUGGGCGAAUUUAGUGGGCCGGUGGGAUACCAACCUACGCUCGCCCAUGCUUGUACCAUCGCUCUCACCGUCUCCGACGCUGAUCGAGGCAAUGGACACUACACGCUCUACGCCCCAUAUGACGGAGGUGCAGCGACGGCCGCCAGGUAUGCCCCAUCGAGCUUUGACGCCAGGUGUGCCUGUGCCGUCUGACACGGAUUCGAUUCUGUGA